AUGGCAGCGAAAGGCCAUUCGCUGCGCGAUCGCCAGAUCUCUGCCCUGAAGAAGCUUCUUAGCCUGAACGACUCCUUCACCGAAGUCGACACCGAUGACGCCCAAGCCAAUGGUGGCGCACUUGGACCGACGGGCGCGAUCAUAACUUCAGAUGGCGACCCUCUCUGGAAGGUCCUCGUCUUCGACGACCUCGGCCGGGAUGUUAUCAGCAGCGUUCUCCGGGUUAGCGAUCUGCGGGCGUUGGGCAUCACGAUGCACAUGCAUAUUGGGUCCUCCAGACACGCAAUCCCAGACGUCCCGGUCAUCUACCUGCUCGAACCGACGGCGCAGAACCUCCAACACAUCACCAGCGACCUCCAAAAGGGCCUUUAUACCCCCGCUUACCUGAACUUCCUGUCCUCCAUCCCACGACCGCUGCUGGAAGAUUUCGCAGAGCAGACGAUAGCCGCCGGGACGUCGGACAGCAUUGCCAGGCUAAUGGAUCAAUACCUGAACUUCAUUGUUGCGGAGCCAGAUCUGUUCAAUCUGGGAAUGCAACGAGACCACACAUACUGGGCGCUGAACAGCGCAACGACCAAUGACGAAGAGUUGGACAGAGUGGUUGACAGGAUCGUCAGCGGCUUAUUCAGUGUCGUUGUUACCAUGGGCGUCAUUCCCAUUAUCCGAUGCCCCAAGGGCGCCGCCGCCGAGAUGAUCUCAGCGAAGCUCGACCGAAAGUUGCGCGACCACAUUCUCAAUUCGAAAGAAAACUUAUUCUCCUCCAGCGCCCGUCCGGCUUCUUCUGCCGGAACGCCACAAUCCCGCCCUGUGCUUAUCAUUCUCGACCGCAAUGUCGACUUAAUACCUAUGCUAUCCCAUUCUUGGACCUACCAAUCGUUGGUCCACGAUGUUUUGAAUAUGAAAUUGAACCGCAUUACGAUAGAGACGCCCAUAGACGAGAACAACCCUGCCAAGGGGACUACCAAGAAGGCAUACGACUUGACUGCCAGCGACUUCUUCUGGACCAAGAACGCGGCCGUGCCAUUUCCUCAAGUAGCAGAGGACAUUGAUGCUGAGUUGACCAGAUACAAGGAGGACGCGGCAGCGGUGACCAAGAAGACUGGAGUGACGGACCUCGAGGAUCUGCAGAACGACACAAGCGCCAGCGCGCAACACCUGAAGGCAGCCAUCACUCUGCUGCCGGAGCUGCGCGAGCGCAAGGCGGUGCUCGACAUGCACAUGAACAUCUUGGCAGCGCUCCUGACGGGCAUCAAGAACCGCCAACUAGACAACUUCUUCCAAAUCGAGGAAGGUGUCAUGAAGCAAACCAAGGCACAAAUAUUGGAGCUUAUCAAGGACGGCACAAAGGGCGAUGAACCCGUUGACAAGCUGAGACUAUUCGUCAUUUGGUACCUCAGCACCGAACAAGAAGUAAGCCGGACAGAAUGGGAGGGGUUCGAGAAGGCCCUGACUGAGUGCGGCGCGGAUACGACAUCUCUCCCGUAUAUUCGACAAGUCCGUGCUACCACCAAGAUGACCCAGCUCACCACCAUUUCCAACCCCAACACGAACCAGGCCGCCUCCUCCGAUAUCUUUGGCCGCUUCUCCUCCAUCUCUAACCGCCUCACCGACCGCCUGAAGGAGACAGGCGUUCCCACUGGCCUGUCUUCCAACUUUGAAUCCCUCAUUGGCGGCAUCAAGAACUUCCUCCCCGCCAACCGCGACUUGACUAUCACCAAGAUCGUCGAGUCCAUCAUGGACCCCUCCACCGCCGCGAGCUCCGCCAUCGCCAAGACGGAGAAUUACCUCUACUUCGACCCCCGCUCCGCCAACGCCCGCGGCACUAUGCCCCCGCCGAGUGCCAUCCGCGCUGGCGCCGGAGGCUCCUCGGCGCCAGGUGGCCUUCCAGGCCAGUCGCUUGGCGGCCAGACCGUGGGCACCGGUGCCAGCUUCGGCCAGCGCCGCCAGGGCUUCUCCGAGGCCGUCGUCUUCACCGUCGGCGGCGGCAGCAUGGACGAGUACGGCAACCUGCAGGAGUGGGUCGAGCGGACGGGCGGCGACCGCGCGAGGAGGCGGGUCGUCUACGGCAGCACGGAGAUGCUCAACGCCGACGAGUUCAUCAAACAGGAGCUGGAGAGGCUCGGCAAGGAAGUGGCUUCGUAG